CCGAAUAUGGAGUCAGCAGGAGCAGGUUCCCUCUCGGUGCUGCCAUGGACCGCUGGGAGAGACAGGGAGUUCCUCCAGCGCCUCCACCAGCACAACCGGGGUCUCCACUACUCACCCCCUCUGCACCCGGUCCCAGUGGAAUUCGUCUCGCCCUUCCCCGGGAGUACGAUGGGACGGAUGCACACUGCCAGGGUUUCCUGUUGCAGGUGGAUCUCUACCUGGCAAACGUCCACCCGGCUCCUUCGGGCCAUGAGAAGGUGUCCGCCCUCAUCUCGUGCCUCUGGGUUAGAAUGUCUUUCUUAAUGGGAUAAACUGGAUCAAACUGGGUUGGACUGGUAUUUUAAACUGUGUUAGAAUGUAAGAAUAUAUAGGACUUAAAAGGUGCUGGUGCUGUAAAAACAAUAACAAAACUUGAAAAUGAGGUAUGUUCUUUAGACAGGGUAUUGGGUGAGGACUUUUCAACUCACAACACUGAGAGCUUGAUUGUUUUCCACUGAACAGAAUGAUCUCAGUUGUCCCCAGUUACUGCUGCUGGGUGUUAGUACUUUAUGUAUAAUUAUGAUUGUAACACACACACACAGCCGGUGCAAUAUAGACACUGAGUUUCAAAAUGUCAACAUAUGUAUAAUGUAUGCAGUGGUGUAAAGUACGUAAGUAAAACAUUUUUAAAGUAGUCGUUUCUUUUAGGUAUCUAAACUUUACUAUUCAUAUUUUUGCCUACUUUUACUUCACUACAUUCCUAAAGAAAAUAAUGUCCCUUUUACACCAUACAUUUUUACUGACUCCCAAAAGCACAAUAACAGUUGGUAGUACUCAUGAAAGUCACAUGGUGUGAAAGCUAUUGACGUUUGAAGGAAGUCCAUUCAAUAGCAUAGAAAAUAGCUGUAGUCAGAAAAUAUGAGAUUGUAGAUUGUACAGACAAGGUCCCUGAAUAAAUAACAGGUGGUUUUAUUUAUGAAACUCCUUAGGGGUGGAAGUUGUUUAAGUUUUAAGCAAGUCUUUUUAUUUAUUGUUUUACAUAUAGUGAUAUUACAUUUAUAGAAAAUAGCCCAAGUCAAAAACUGCAAAAGUAAUUUCCUUAUAUUGUAUUGAUGAGGUCCAUGAACCAAAACAAGUUGGUUCAAGUGAUAUGGGGUGGAAGCUAUCGAAGUUAGAAACAAGUAUUUUUUUUCAUACAUGAAAACGUUUUCAUUGAAAACAGCCAAAAUAAAUCAAAUAAAAGAGUCAUUGCCAUAGAUAGGACGGGCGAGGUCCCUGAACCAAAGUUGUUUCUAUUCAUCUAGUCCUAUUGGGUGGAAGAAUUUACGUUUUUUUUUUUUUAAGUAUUUCUCUGUAAAGUGAAUAAAAAUGAAUUGAUAAAGUAAAAGAAGCUCUGCAAAUUGCCGUGGAUUUGAUAGCGAUGUCACGUGGUUAAGAAACUAUUGACAUGUUUCAUUAACAUGCAAAAGUAGACGUCGCAGUUUUAAGACUUUACUGCUGAGCAGAGGAGAUGGCAACGUUUUACAUUUCGACUCUAAAAAGAAAAUACGACACCGAAUUGCAAAAACAAGGCGUGCAACUUGUUCGCUAUCGUCCGCGUAUUCAGAAUAUGCCAUUUCUAUAAUUAUUGUAUGUUCCGUUUAGGUAUUAACGAGCAAAUUCCGGAUCUUUAAUAUUAAAGCUAACAAACGUUACGUCACACUGGACUUUGGCAGUGUUGUCACACUGACUGCACAGCCCUAUGUUGCCGUUGAUAUACGUGUUCAUGUUGGGGAGAUAGCGAGCAAUACUGGUGUUGUCAAGAUGAAGUUGUCUUCUAUUGUAGUAACAUUGAUAUUAACGGUGGGUGUUUCUUAUUACAUCUAUACACCGUUACCUGCUGCCAUCGAGGGUCAUUUGAAACUGAUGCUGUUGGACGCCUUAUUCCGAGCUAUGCUGCAAGUGGGUGACCUGUGCCAGUGUCUGGGUCUCAGUCACCACAUCACAGUGAUUCGGGGGUCCACAUUGGGGCUGGGGUCCCCGGGAGAGAUGGCGGGAGGGCAGGGAGGCGGGAUGAGGGUGAGUGACGUGGACUUUGAUAGAGUCCCAGUGCGCGUGUAUGAGCCCCCCGCCGCGGGGGGAGGAGACAGGGGUCUGAGGAGGGCUGUGAUGUUCUACCAUGGAGGAGGAUGGGCCCUGGGGACCACCAAGAUGGGGAGCUAUGAUGUCUUGUGUAGGCAGAUGUCUGAUGAGCUGAAUGCAGUGGUUGUGUCUGUUGAGUACCGUCUGGCUCCAGAAGUGCAUUUCCCUGUGCAGUAUGAGGACUGUCUGGCUGCGGCCAAGCACUUCUUGGAGCCGGGCAUUCUGGGAAAAUUGUCUGUAGAUCCACAGCGCGUGGCUGUGUCAGGCGACAGCGCUGGAGGAAACCUGGCUGCAGCGGUCGCACAGCAGAUCUCGGUAGAUGACAGCGUGAGUGUGAAGUUCAGUGUUCAGGCGUUAAUCUACCCAGUCCUCCAGGGUCUAGACCUCAACACUCCAUCCUACCAACAGAACCACAACAUGCCCAUGCUACACCGCUCUAUGAUGGCCAGGUUCUGGCUGCUCUACCUGGGGGUUGAUACCUCUCUCCAUCCCCUCCUCUUGUCCCCCUCCUUCCUCCAUCAUCCCUCCAUCCCUCCCUCCCUCCGCUCCCAUCUCAACUGGACCAACCUUCUGCCAGCCAAACACAUGAAGCAUUACAAGCCUGUUGGCAUGGAGAUGGGGUCACAGGAGGUCACAGGGCAGGAGGGUGAUAUUCUGUCGGGGUUGCUGGAUGUCCGAGCGGCGCCGCUGAUGGCAGAGCAGGGGGUUCUGGGUAGAACGCCGCGAGCUUACAUUGUAACGUGUGAGUACGAUGUGCUCAGAGACGAUGGGUUGAUGUACACCAGGAGGCUACAAGACGCUGGCGUCGCGGUUUCCAGCCAUCACUAUGACGACGGUUUCCACGGCGCCUUGAGUUUUGCUCACUGGCCGUUUUUCUUCGAUGUGGGGGAAAGAAUGAUCAGAGGAUACAUGGACUGGCUGCAGGAAAACCUCUAGUGUGUGUGUGUGUGUGUGUGUGUGUGUGUGUGUGUGUGUGUGUGUGUGUGUGUGUGUGUGUGUGUGUGUGUGUGUGUGUGUGUGUGUGUGUGUGUGUGUGUGUGUGUGUGUGUGUCUAUGCAGCUGCAAACACAAAGCCAUCUUGCAGUCAGAAUUUCAGACCAAUGUCCAGGUUAGACAAGCAGAUAAGGCUUUUAAACUGGGUUCAACCUGAUUGUUGACCUCGGUUAGAAUGUGUCUCUUUACUGGGUUAAACUGGAUCAAACUGGGUUGGACUAGUGUUUUAAACUGUGUUAGAAUGUAAGAAUAUAACACAGACACCAUUCCCUGAUUGUAGCUGUUUGCACUCUGGGGUGUGUGUGUGUGUCACAAUAAGUUUGGUUCAGUAAUACCCAGACACACGUCAUCCUAUCCCAGCUCUGCUCACCUGACCUGAACAAUACAUAUGCAGUAUGUUAUCGGUCUGUCAAACUAAUAUACUAAAAUAAACUUCCAUCUAAGCCAAUCAAUGCGCAGUGUUAGAAUGAAGUAAUCUGGGUAAUGGAAAAACAAUGAGGACUUAAAAGGUAGGGUCAUACAACAUGAUCCCCUGGUGCUGUAAAAACAAUAACAAAACUUGAAAAUGAGGUAUGUUCUUUAGACAGGGUAUUGGGUGAGGACUUUUCAACCCACAACACUGUGAGAGCUUGAUUGUUUUCCACUGAACAGAAUGAUCUCAGUUGUCCCCAGUAACUGCUGCUGGGUGUCAGUACUUUAUGUACAAUUAUGAUUGUAAUGGUUGAUAGAUGUUUAACCCUCCAAUAAAUAUUGAUCAGUUUGA